CCAUGGAGAAGGAAGAGCAGAGAAAAAUCAUGAGAGGCAGUGGGGCUGAAGUGGAGCGGUGACUGUUUACUCAUCUCUGUUCAUUGAGUUGGGCUCAGGUGGAUGGCAUGGGAGAGGAAGGAAGGGAUGAGGGUAAGAUUUCAUGCACGAAUAGAACUUGUUGUACUGAUGGCUCAUGCAUGGGUUUUGCAUGUGCACUUGCAGAGGAAGUAUCCAGGAACCCCAGGCCGAGCAGAAACUGGCAGAAGUGGACCUGAUCAGCCUGAGCAUCCUUCUAAGCAGACAUGAACAGUCCUUUCCUUUUUGCCUCCCACUUAACUUGGUGUGGGCCCCCAGCGAGUACGAGACCAGCCCCGAGCAAGUCUUCUACUGCAUCGCCCACCUCACCCGCAGGCAGCAGGAUGUGCUGUGGGUGGUGGCCGUGACCUUGGCAGGACGCAGCAACAUCAGUGCAAAGGUCAUUGGGAAAGCCCAGACCAUCUCCUUCGGCGGCACCAUCACCAUUCCGUGGAUAAGGACGUGAGACUGCCUUGCAGUGCAGUUGGGGAGCCAGCCCCUGUCAUGAAAUGGACUAAGGAC